AUGGUAUUUCCAACGGCUAACUCACCUUCUAUACCAUCCCCUCACUUUGGAGUGUCCACUAUAGCAGAAGCAGAUGCUGAUGGGAUUCAGGCUGAAAUUUCUCCAACAAUUUUCCAAAAGAUGAUGGCAGAGCUAGUGGGAAUUCUUGUAUUUAUGGGGUGUGGGGCUGUUCUUGUCAACAAAACACACCCUCUUACGACUGCGGGUAUAGCAACUGUAUGGGGUCUUCAUACAAUUAAGAAGAAGACCCCAUAUAUGGCGCUUACUUAUACAGUUGGUCAUGUCUCUGGCUGCCAUUUGAAUCCUGCUGUUACUAUCGCCUUAGCUGCUGGUCAAAAGUUCCAAUGUACGUAUGCAUUGUCACAGACGACGGGUGCAACACUGGCAAGCCUGACUCUGAGGCUGUUGUUUCAAGACAAUAUUGACAUAACAGUGACUCAGUAUUCUGAUUCAACAUCUCACCUACAAGCCGUCGUAUUCUUGACUGAUAAAGUAGAGCAAAACUUAUCUGGAGUUGCAAUAGGUGUUGCAGUUCUGUUCAAUGCCAUGGUUCCUGGGCCAAUCACUGGAGCUUCUAUGAAUCCUGCAAGGAGUUUUGGCCCUGCAUCUGUUACUGGUUUUUAUAAGAAUCUCUGGGUCUAUCUUGUAGCUCCCAUUCUCAGGGCGCUUGUUGCUACUGCACUGUAGUCCAAAAGACAACACUCCCACCACUAUGAAGUUGUAUAGGAGACUAGGCAAUACUACAAUGUCCUGCAGAAAAAAUUGGGUUUGUCCCUUCUUCAUGGUUCUAGACUUCCAGAAAGAUUUUGUGAGCUUGAAAUGGCUUUUCAUUUCUCUAAUAGAAGACCUCUUAUCCAUGCAACUUCUCAAAGGAUCUUACAUAUCCUUCUCUGAACAAAGAAAUAAAAAAUAAAUAAGACUGCAGAGAGGACCAGAUGCACGUAUGUUCCAUUUCCCUUCUUUCACAGGACAGUAUCCAAUCAGUGCAAUAUUCAAUUCUGAUCUCUUUAAGCUCAAAGUGGUAAGACAGUAUUGUUUUAUACCCUAAUACAUAGAGAAAAUGUGGAAAUUAUUUUGAUAAGAUAUCUGCUAAUGGAAAUGAACGAAGUAAAGAAAAUGGAGUUUGUUCAAUGACUACAUAUCUUAUUUCACUCGCUUUAUGAGUACAUUCUAUGCAUAGGAACUACAUUAUAGUAGAACACAAAUGAAUAGCUAAAGCCUGUAUUAAUUCGAACAUAUCACACACAGGAGGUCUACUGGUGUUGAAGUCAAUCGGGAAGGAGAAAGAGGUCCAAAUUCAGUCUAGCUUUAAAGUUCAGCUUCCCCAAUUAAUAGAAUUUGAUGCCCGUGCCAGUGCAUCAUAAUGCCUUGUAGCAAUUUUAUCCUAUUGCAGCCAUA